AAUUUUCAUGUGUUUGUAAUUUUUUGAUUUUCUUAUUAAAUUAAUUUCUUUUUAAGAAGAAUUAACUUAUUAAUUAUGUUUAUUAAUAAUCUUUCAUUGGCUGUUAAAGGUUCUAUUAGGAAACAUGGAGCUACAUUAAUUUGGUCGAGACAUAUUGUUGGUACUGGUGAUAAAUGGGGCAAUUCAUCACUUGGAAAAUUGUCUACUCUUGAUUAUGGUUCGUUGAUUGAUUCUCAUGAUGCUGGUAAAUUGCCAUUGGUAAAUUUGGUCAAGUUAAAUGAAGCUCAAGUCAAAAUGAUUGAUAAUUAUUCAAUUGGAGACUUGAAAAUAUUACCAAGUCUAAUUAAGGAUCCAAUGUUUACUGCUAAGAAGAAAAGGAGAUCAAAAGAUAAACAAUCUGCUAGAGAUUCUGAUAAAGAAGACGAAGAUGAUGAUGAUGAUGAUGACGACGAUGACGACGAUGAGCUGGUUCCCAUUGACUAUGUAGAUUUGGACAUCGAGACGGGUAAUCUCAGAUUAGACGCUGUGAUGAAAGUGGCCCUUCCGAUACCAAGAAGUAAAAUUGAUGCUUUACAUGCUGAAGAUAAGAUUCGAGUUAACGGUGAACGGGUUCAAAAAAGGUCUAUGGAUGUCGGCGAAGGAGAUGUAGUUGAUAUGAUCAAUGGUCGAAAUCGUGCAAACAGUAAUCUAUUAGACAUUCGUCGAUUCAAAUUAAUGUCGGUUCCCGAAUUUAAAACGGCCAAAGAUCGAGUUAAAUUUAAAAUUCGUCGAUGGCCUUCAUUAACUAUCGAAAACUACAAAAUUCAUCCAUUUGAAAGUUUGGUACUAAGAGAGGAGGAAGAAACAAGGACAAGAUCGUAAAUCAUUUUAUACUAAUUCCAAUCAUAAUUGUAUCUCUCCUAAUUCAUAUUCUGUAUUUAAACAAAUCUAUUAAUAGUUUCAAUUAGUAAAAUUAAAAUAUAAUGUUAAUCUAAUCAAUUUUGAUCAAUUCUAAUAAAAAAAAAGACAACUGAAUGUGUCAAAUUAAAUCACGAAA